AUGACAGACGAAGCAACCAAGGGCAUGGAGAAACUUGGAAUUGCUCCUCCGAAAGGAACAGCCAAGCGUGACGCUAUGCGCGCCAAUGAAAUUGCCGUCCAAAAGCAGUGGGAAGAAGAGAAGGCCUUUGAAGUGGGUCCCUCCGACGAUAAGGACAAGGAAACCUUUAUGGUCACCUUUCCAUACCCUUAUUCCAACGGUCACCUGCACAUUGGUCACGCAUUUUCCUUGACCAAGGCUAUUUUCAGAGCUCAAUAUGAACGUCACCAAGGCAAGCAGGUCUUGUUUCCAUUUGCAUUUCACUGUACGGGAAUGCCAAUUCAAGCGGCUGCCAACAAAUUGAAAUCUGAAAUUGAACAAUUCGGAACUCCACCACAAUUCCCUGAAGACGAUCCAGCAAUCCGUGCCAAGAUGGAAGCCGAGAUGCAAGCCGCUGCAGAAGCCAAGGCCGCCAAAGCUGCCGCUGGUGGCAAUAAGGCCAAGGGAGCAAAGACAAAACUUGUUCAAAAAACUGGAACUGGUAUUGUCCGACAAUGGAAUAUCCUUGCAAAGAUGGUUCCCACUGAAGAAAUCCCACAAUUCGUUGACCCAUACCAUUGGCUUUCUUACUUCCCACCCAUUGGUGUCGAUCACUUGAAAAAGUUCGGUGUUGGUGUGGACUGGAGAAGAGCAUUCAUCACAACUGCAGUCAAUCCUUACUACGACGCCUUUAUCCGGUGGCAAUUCGAAACUCUGAAGUCCAAGGGAAAGAUUCUGUUCGGAAAACGCAACAAUGUUUACUCAUUGGUCGAUGGACAAGUUUGUGCUGACCACGACCGAUCUGAAGGUGAAGGUGUUGGACCUCAAGAAUAUGUCUUGAUCAAGAUCAAGGUCUUGCCUGUGGAAGACGAGACCAGACAUGCCAAGAUGAAGAAGCUCUUGGAUACCUGCGGCGGCAAGUCAGUGUACCUUGUCCCAGCUACCCUUCGACCCGAAACCAUGUAUGGGCAAACAAACUGUUUCGUCUUGCCUACUGGGGAGUAUGGUGCUUACCAAGUCGAUGCUACCAACGAAGUAUUCAUCAUGAGUGCUAGAUCCGCACGUGGUCUUUCUUGCCAAGUCUACAAGGACAACCAAGGAUACACGAACGAGUUUGGAAAGAUCACCUGUCUGGAAACUUUCUCUGGUGACGAACUCUUGGGUCUUCCAUUGAAGGCGCCUAUGGCCAAAUACGACAAGGUUUACACUUUGCCUUUGUUAUCCAUUAGUAUGUCGAAGGGAACUGGUGUUGUCACAUCCGUUCCAAGUGACGCCCCUGAUGAUUACGUUGCCCUCCAAGAAUUGCAAAACAAGGAAGCAUUCCGUGCCAAGUUUGGCCUUACCGAUGAGAUGGUCGUGCCCUUCGAAGUUGUUCCUAUCAUCAAGAUUGAAGGCUACGGUGACGCGUCCGCUGUUUUCAUGUGCAACAAGUUGAAGAUCAAGUCUAGUGGCGACAAGGCCAAGUUGACCAAGGCUAAGGAUGAGACAUACCUCAAGGGCUUCACAAUGGGCAUUAUGCAAGUUGGAAAAUAUGCCGGGAAGAAGGUCAGCGACGUCAAGCCUAUCAUCAAGCAAGAAAUGAUCGAUUCUGGCGAUGCUUGCCUUUAUUUUGAACCAGAAAGCAAGGUUGUCAGUCGUACCAAUGACGAGUGUGUCGUUGCUUCUACUGAUCAAUGGUAUUUGGCAUACGGUGAAGAAUCAUGGACUGCUGCAGUCAAGAAGCACGUCCUGAAUGCCGACACUUUCAAUGCUUAUGACGAUAACGCUUUGGGAAGAUACGAAUACACUGCCGGCUGGUUGAAGGAGUGGGCGUGCACCCGUCAAUUCGGAUUGGGAACAUACCUUCCAUGGGACCCUGAGUGGGUGAUUGAGAGUUUGUCUGACAGUACGAUCUACAUGGCAUACUACACCAUCGCCCACCACUUGCAAGGAGCUGAUAACUUGAAUGGGGACCAAGCCAAGUCUCCCGAAAAUAUUGACCCCAAGAAGUUGACCACUGCUGUGUUUGACUACAUCUUCCGCAAAGGACCCAUGCCUGCUGAUUGUGGAAUCGCUGAAGAAUCCUUAAACAAGAUGAAAUCAGAGUUCCGUUACUGGUACCCAAUGGAUCUUCGUGUCAGUGCUAAGGACUUGAUUCCCAACCACUUGACGAUGGCUUUGUUUAACCACGCUGCAAUCUGGGAGGAUGAGCCAGAACUCAUGCCAAAGGGUUACUACUGCAAUGGUCACGUUUUGGUCGACGGAGAGAAGAUGAGUAAAUCGAAGGGAAACUUCCUCAUGAUGAAUGAAACUGUCGAGAACUUUACGGUGGAUGGUACUCGUUUUGCAUGCGCAGAUGCUGGAGAUUCUUUGGAUGAUGCCAACUUCAGUCGCGAAACUGCUGACCAUGCCAUUCUCUCUUUAACGAACGAGGAAGGCUGGAUCACCGAAACAAUGGCAUCUUCGGACCUUCGCACGGGCGGCGAGUUGAACUUUAUGGAUAACGUGUUGCAGAACGAGACCAACCGCUUGAUCAUUGCCACUGGUACCGCAUUCGCUGGAAUGCAAUUCCGCGAAGGAAUACAAUAUGGAUGGUACGAAAUGCUGAUGGCAAGGGCAGAAUAUCGAAGUUGGUGCCAGGACAGUGGCGUAUCCAUGCACAAGGAUGUCAUUCAAAAGUGGGCCGAAGCCCUUAUUAUCUUGAUCUGUCCCGUCUGUCCUCACUGGUCUGAAGCUCUUUGGAAAAAGCUUGGAAAGGAAGGCUUGGCUGUCAAAGCACCUUGGCCAGUGGCAGAUGAGGAAGACAAGUUGCUAACACGACAGGCCGGACUCCUCCGAGACAGUUUGAAGCAAUUCCGAAGUCAAGUUGGAAAGGCUAAGAAGGGAUGGAAGACCGCUUCUAUCAUUGUUGCCGACACGUACCCAGACUGGAAGAUCGAAACACUCCAGUGGAUGCAAGAACAAUACUCUGAUGAUACUGGGUUCCCUGCUACAUUUAUGAAGGACCUGAAAGCGUGGACAGGUGCCAAUGUUAGCGACAAGAAAAUGAUCAAAUUCACAAUGCAAUUUGCUUCGUUCAUGAAGAACGAAGCGGCUGAAGUCGGAAGGGUUGCCUUGGAUACUCAGUUGCCGUUUGAUCAAUCCGCAAUUUUUGAAGGAAGUAUGCAAUACUUGAAAGCACAAUUGGAAAUUCCCGAGAUUGACAUUCUCAAGAUUGAAUCUGCUGCUGAUGUGCCUGAACGUGUCUCAGGAUUAGUCACUCCCGGCAAGCCUUAUUUGUGGGUCCGUUAA